AUGCGCCUCGUCCUCUUGCUCGCCGCGACGACCGCCGUCGCCGACGACGAAAUCGUGAGCAUCGUCACGACGAAGGAGGGCGUGCAGCGGAGCAUCACGGCGAAAGAGGUCGACGCCUACGCCAUCUACAACGCCGCCGUGGCGUCGCAGGUCCGCGGCGAGUACGCGCGCGCCGUCGCCGAGUUCGAAGAGGCGCUCGCGAUCGCGCCGGCGCUGCCGGAGGCGCUCAUCAACCUCGGCAACGCCUACAGCGACCUCGCGAACGACGGCGUCUCGGACGUCGCCAAGGCCGCCGCGUGCUACGAGCGGGCCAUCGCCGCGGCGGACCACCCGAAGAUCGUCGCCCAGGCCGAGUCGAACCUGGGCCACCUCCUGUCGCGCAACGCGGCGCGCGACGUCGCGAAGCUCGAGGUCGCGCGCGGCCACCUCGAACGGGCCAUCGCCGCGGACCCCGACUUCCCCGACGCGCACUUCAACUACGGCAUCGUCCUCGACGGGCUGGGCCGCGUCGAGGACGCGCGCGCCGCCUACGAGCGCACCAUGGCGCUCGCGCCGGCCCACGAGAACGCGCGGCUGAACCUCGCGAACACGUAUUUCACCGAGGGCGACUCGGACGCGGCCGCGCGCAUCCAGCUCGAGCUCGUCGCCGACCCGACCCUGUCCCGGGGCGUGCGCCUCAACGCGCUGAACAACCUGGGCCAGACCUUCCGCGACGGCAACCUCCACGACCGCGCCGAGGCCGUCUUCGGCGAGGCCGUCGCCUUCGCGCCGGACGACGGCACGUCGCUGGGGAACCUCAUGACCGCGCGGCGCACGAUCUGCAAGUGGGCGGGCUUCGAGGAGACGCAGCGGGGGCUGCUGGCCAUCGUGGAGGCGUCGCUGGCGGACUUCGAGGGCCGGCGGCGCCGCGGCGCGGGCGUCGGGCGCCGCGACGUCGACCUCGCGGUCAUGCCCUACGACGCGACGCUCCUGCAGCACUUCCCCAACGACGUGCUGCGGCGCCUGACGUCGGCCCAGGUCUUCCAGCGCUUCGGCCACGCGGCGCCGCCGCCGCCGCGGAGGGCGCGGCGGAGCCGCCUCCGCGUCGGGUACCUGAGCUUCGACUUCCGCGAGCACCCCAUGGGCUACCUCACGCGGCGCCUCGUGAGCGACCACGACCCGGCCGUCGUCGAGACCUUCGUCUUGAGCUACGGCGAGAACGACGCGUCCGUGCUCCGGACGCGCGCGGAGCGGCGGCCCGAAGGCGGGUUCCUCGAGCUCUUCGACGUCGACGUCGCCGCGGCGAAGCGGGGCAUGGACGCCCUCGACCUCGACGUCGUCGUCGACCUCAUGACGCACACGCGGGGCGCGCGCCUCGAGCUCGCGAGCGAGUCCGUCGCGCCGCCGGGCGCGCUGCUCAUCUCCUACCUCGGCUACCCGGGCGUCGCGGGCGGCGGCCACUUCGACUACACGAUGGCCGACGCGAAAGUGUUGCCGCCGGACCACGCCGCGGCGACGGCGGCGGAGCCGCUCAUCUACCUGCCCUUCUCCUACCAGGCCAACGACUACGGCGCGCACUGGCCGCCCGCGGACCUCGGCGCGCGGCGCGCGCCGGGGCCGCCGCGCUACUGCAACUUCAACCAGAUCGACAAGUACGAGCCCGAGUCCUUCACGCUCUGGAUGGGCGCGCUCCGGCGGUCGCCGGGGGCGACGCUCGCGCUCCUGCGGCCCAAGGAGCCCCUCGGCGCCGUCGUCGUCGCGAACCUCGCGGCCGAGGCCGCGGCGCGCGGCGUGCACCCCGCGCGCCUCGUCUGGCUCGGCCGCGUGCCGCGCCAGGCGCACCUCACGCGCAUGGCCGAGACCUGCGACCUCUUCCUGGACAACCUCGUCUACGGCGCGCACACGACGGGCGCCGACAGCCUCUGGGCCGCCGUGCCGCUCCUCGCGAUCCGCGGCUUCGGCGGCGGCGGCGGCGACGGCGUCGGCCGCUUCGCGAGCCGCGUCGGCGCGUCCCUGCUCGCGGCCGCGGCCCUCGAGAAUUUGACGUUGGUGGACUCCGUCAAGGACUUCGAGGCCGUCGCGGGCGCCCUCCCCUUCGAGCGGCUCCGGAACGCGACGGUCGCGCGGACGAGCGCCGAGCCCCUCUUCGACGCCGCGCGGUCCGUCGCGUCCGCCGAGGCCGCCUACGAGGCCGCCUACGAGGCCUUCCGCGCGGGGAAGCGGACCUGGCACGUCGUCGUCGACCCCGCGGCGCCGCGCGACCGCGCGGGCCUCAAGGACUGCCGCUACCGCCGCGCGGCCGCGGACCUCGGCGGCGCCGCGGGGCCGCCCUGCUUCGGCGGCGACGACCCGGACGCCGACGAGCGGGCGGCGUCUUCGCUCCCGCCCGUCGACGGCGCCGCGCGGCGCCGGUCGUCCGUCGCGCGCUUCGCGGCCGCGUAUCCCGAGGACGCGAACGCGCGGUCGUUCCGGGGCCUCGACUGCCACUUCGCCGGCGACGACGCGGCGGCCGCGGCGGAGCUGCGCCACGCCGUGGACCGCGCGCCCUGGUCGUCCCACUUCUGGUACAACCUGGGCCACGUGCGGCGCAGGGCCGGCGACGCGGCCGGCGCGGCCGCGGCGUACCUGCGCUGCGGGCCGCGGCGCCCCGACGACGCGCGCCUGCUCGGCGCGCUCUUCGCGUCGUCGGCGCUGAGCCCGUCGGACGCGGGGCUCCGGCUCGGCGUCGGCGCGGCGCUCGACGACGCGGGCGCGGGCGCCGCGGCGCUCGAGGAGUGGUUCAAGGCCGUGCGGCUCCGGCACGCCGCGCAGCGGGCCGACGAACGGGGACGCGCGCGCCUCGACGCGCGCGACGCGGCGCUGGCGAAGCGCGCCGCCGCGCGGCGCGCGGGGAACCUCGUCGUCGCGAUCUACUGCGACGAGUACGGCCAGACGUGGUGGCCCGACUGGGGGCCGUCGUCGCUCGAGACGGGCGGCCUCGGCGGCUCCGAGGAGGCCGUCGUCUUCGUCGCCCGCGAGCUCGCGAAGCGGGGCCACGCCGUCGAGGUCUACAACGAGUGCGCGGACCGCGACCUCGGCGACGACCGUUUCGGCGUCGCGUGGCUGCGCCACGCGACCUACGACGCGUCGCGCCCGCCCGACGUCUUCGUCGCCUGGCGCUACCACGUGUCCACGGCCGUCGCGGACCCGGCGACGCACGGGAAAGUGCCCGGCUACGGGUCGUGGACGGCGCCGUUCGUCGACGGCCUCGCGGGGAUCUUCACGCUGUCCAAGUUCCACACGGCGACGCUGCCGCCCGCCGCGCGGCCCAAGGCCUACGAGACGCCCAACGGCAUCGACCCGUCGUUCCUCGUCGACGGCGACAACGCGGCGACGGUCUUCGCGUACGGGUCCGCGCCGAACCGCGGCCUCUACGAGGUGCUCAAGGGCUGGCCCGCCGUGCGGGGCCGCGUGCCGAACGCGACCCUGGUCGUCUACUACGGCUUCUCGCCGGCCUUCGUCACCUGGGGCGCGCGCCACAUCCCCGCGUUCGACGCGUGGCGCGCGGAGGUCGAGCGGCUCCUCCGGCAGCCGGGCGCUGUGCCGGGCGUCGACUACCGGGGCAUGGUCGGCCACGACGAGCUCGCCCGGGGCUACGCCCGGGCGGGCUUUGUGCUCUACCCGACGACCUACCCGGAGACGGGCUGCGUCUCCGUCAUGAAGGCCAUGGCGCUCGGCGCGAUCCCGAUCACGAGCCGCUUCGCGGGCUCCGUGGUCCCCGAGCUCACGGUGGACUUCGACCUCGGCCCGGCGACGCCGCGCCGCGCCGACGCCGAGGCGUCGAUCCUGCUCGACGACCUCAAGCCGGCCGUCGACGCCGCGGACGUCGCCUGGCAGGCCGACUUCGCCGCCGCGGCCGCGGACGCGGCGGAGCGCGCGGCGCGCGGCGAGCUCGACGGCCACCGCGCGGCCAUGAAGCGCUACGCCCGCGACCGCUUCCUCUGGAAGCACGUCGCCGAGAAGUGGGAGGCCCACUUCCUGGGGCGGGCGACCAUUACGAUCAAAGAGAAGUCGGCCCUGCUCAAGGAGCUGGCCGACGCGGGCCGAGCGGCCAGCAUCGCGACGGACGCCGCCGCGGCCGCCGCGCCCGACGCCGCCGCGCCGCCGCCGCCGCUCGCGUACAAGCUCGACGUCUACGACAUCGUCAUGGGCGGCGACGCGCUCACGGACGAGGUCGAGCGCGCCAAGAAGAUGGACACGGCGCGAGAAAUCAUGAUCGCGGCCAUGGUCGCCGCGACGCGCUUGGCCGCGGCGCUGCGAGGGCGACAGGAGCGCAUCGCCCUCGCGAAGAAGGGCAAGAAGACGAAGAAGCCCGGCAAGAAGAAAGGGAAAAAGAAGUAG